CUAAAAACAGACCGGUCGCGGCUUUUGCCAAAUCUUACAUUAUACAACCAACGUUAUGCUCAGCGUUUAUAACACUGCUUCCUAAAGUUUAGGAAGGCAAUUUUCGUUCAGGCCAAUGAUACAUUAGUUUCUUUUUAGUUAUUUUUAUUUUGCUGUGCACAGUUUCUCGCGAGAACACACGUUCACGUUGAGCAGGUGAUUUCGCGGGAAUAGUUUUAUUCGCUCGCUGACAAGGAAAACAACCAGUGAUAUCUAAAAAUAUAACUUAAUAGCUGAUGUAAUACGGCGAACAGCUGAAGCGCGACUUUCCAUCUUAUACGGACAGUCAUGUUUUCCGACAUAAGCGCCCAGAAGGAGGCUUCGCUGCUCUGCCGCCCUGCCUCCGAGGACCAGGGGCCGGUGUAUGAGAGGGUGUCACUGGCCUACAGUCCAUGCUCCGAGCGCUUCACAGUCGGGGAACGGAGUUUCAGUCGCCAGUAUGCUCAUAUUUACGCAGCACGACUCAUGCAGAUGAGGCCCUUGCUCUCAGAGAGGGCCCAGCAGAAGUGGGGACCAGAAGUGCUUAUCAGGAAGCUGUGUGAUCUUCAGACAGGGGAGCAGUGUUGCAUUGUGGGAACCGUGUUCAAGCGUAUGGAAUUGCAGCCAUCUAUUCUGAAAGAGAUCAGCGAGGAGCACAACUUGCUGCCUCAGCCUGCACGCUCCAAAUACAUCAGUGAGACAGACGAGCUGAUCCUGGAGGAUGAGCUGCAAAGGAUCAAACUGGAAGGACAAAUUGACAAAGACAAGUGUGUCACAGGUAGUGUUAUUGCAAUUUAUGGAGCCGAGAAAAAUGAUGGGAAGUUUACAGUUGAGGACUUUUGCAUGGCUGACCUUCCGCAGCAGACACCAAGACCUGCGCUCAGCUCCGACAGGUUUGUGCUCCUGGUCUCAGGACUUGGUCUCGGCAGUAGUCAGGCUGACAGUAUGCUCGGGCUACAGUUGCUGGUAGACAUGGUAACUGGUCAACUUGGUGACCAGGGGGAGCAGAGUGGGGCAGCAACAAUUUCCAGGGUCCUAGUGGCUGGAAACCUGCUGAGCCAAAGCACCCAGGACAAGGACGCAUCAACGAAGCCCAAGUACCUCACCAAGAAGACUCAGGCUGGCAGCGUGGAAGCCAUUCGACUCCUGGAUGAGCUGCUGUGUCAGCUGGUGGCCUCAGUACCUGUGGAUGUAAUGCCAGGCCACCACGACCCAACCAACUACACCCUCCCUCAGCAGCCUCUCCACCGCUGUAUGUUCCCCUUGUCCUCUGUGUACCCCACACUACAGUUGGCCUCUAAUCCACACCAAGCUAGCGUUGAUGGAGUACGGUUCCUGGGCACAUCAGGCCAGAAUAUCUGUGACAUUCAGAGGUACAGCAGCAUGGACAGUCACCUGGAAAUACUGGAGUAUACGCUACGACUCAGACACCUGGCCCCUACUGCACCUGAUACUCUGGGUUGUUACCCAUUUUACCAAAAAGACCCUUUCAUCUUGGAGGAGUGUCCCGAUGUUUACUUCAGUGGCAACGCCCCUUCCUUUGAGUCCAAGCUAAUCAACGGUCCUGAUGGCCAGGAAGUCCUUUUGGUUACAAUUCCAGUCUUCAGCAGCACUCAAACGGCAUGUCUGGUCAAUUUACGCACUCUUGCAUGUGAGCCAGUGAGCUUCUCGGCCUUCUCCGCUGAUGAGGAAAAUGAGAUGGAUGUCAGCCACUGAGGAUCCAAAUCCACAUGCAGUACAACAUGCUGUCACUUCUUGGACAUUAUGGAUGAAUAUUGAGGCUACUUUCACCUGACUCCAGAGGAAUCAAAACAAAAUUGGGCCAAGAAAUACUGUUCUUGCUACACUGAUGCUCUCUUGUAUCGUGAUGGUGAAUGAAAAGCUGUUACAAUUGUCAUACAAAGUU